AUGGGCUGCGGCUCUAUCUCAAGCUUUGACAAGCCAGUACAACCUCAAAAACCGUACGUUGUCUCUAGAUGAUCUCUAUCGCGAUCAUCCAGAGCUCGUGGCCAUCCGAGAAGCGAACCCAAACAACGGUCUUCUCCAGACUCGUGGUCAGCCUGGAACUCAUGAUGAGGUUCUUGCGAAACAGUUCUUUGAUCAGGUCCUUGGCCGAGUGGACAGCGAGAAGAAAACUGUUAAGUGGCCGGCGUACGAUAAGAGUCUUCAUAGCGGCCAGGGCGGAAGAGUCCCAGUUGACGAGUGGGAAGAGGUAGCACUGGGCCAAGAUCUUGAUGUGCUUAUCUUUGAAGGCUGGGCUCUCGGAUUUCAACCCUUGACUAAGGAAGAAGUCACUAGAAAAUGGGAACAGGCUAAAGCUUCAGAGUCGCAACAGACUGAAGAAUGGUCUCUGACUAACACUCUUGCAAACCACAAGCUCGACCAUCUUCUGCUGAUCAACGAGAAUCUUAGACGGUAUUGUGACACCUUUGCCGGACCGCAGCACUUUGAUGGAUUCUUGCACUUGAGCACCGACAAACUAGUUCAGGUUUAUGAGUGGCGUCUUGGUCAGGAAAAGGCUUUGAGAGAGCAUAAGCCGGGAAUGUCGGAUGAGCAGGUAAUCAAGUUCGUCAAGGGAUAUAUGCCAGCGUAUGAAUUGUUUCUUGAACGUCUCCAGAACAAGAACCUCUUUGGGAGUGAGGGAGAUAGGGCGUCAGGGAAGAAGCAUGUACAGGUGAUAUUGAACAAGGCAAGGGAGGUGAUGGAAGUGAAGGAGGUAUGA